GCAGCGGCUAUAGAUCGGCCGGCUCAGCAGGUGACCGAUGAACACAAGCUGGCUGAGCAAGUUUAGGCAAAUUCCCUCCUAAUUACUACGUGUCCCUUCAAUUGCGUCGCUCAUGUGGCGGUUCCUACAGGCCUCACCAAUCUUGCCAAUCUGAGUAUGCGCUGCGCGGCAUGGGGGAGAAGAAGAAGAGGAAGAACCAAGUCCCCGCCGCGUAGAGAAGCUUGCUGCUUCUGGGUUGCUGGGUCCAUGCACGCCACGACAACGUGAACCGCACCGCAGGAACACCGGCCCGGUGGCGGCGUGGCCAUGGCUGGCAAACCCAGCGCACAGGCGCCUAUCCGGGACAAAGCCUUCCUGACGUCGGUGUUCGAGUCGAUGGACCGCGACCGCACGGGCUUCAUCAACGUGUCCGAGUUGCAGCGGGCGCUCGCCAGCGGCACCUGGAAGCCGUUCUCCGAGGAGCUCGUGCUGCUCAUGGUGAAAAUUUUCGACCGCGAGUUCAACAACAAGAUUAACUUCGACCAGUUCUGCACCCUCUGGUCGUACAUCACAGAGUGGGUCAAUGGCUUCAAGAAGGUUGAUCGCACCAACUGUGGCCGCCUGGACAAGACGGAUCUGCAGACGGUCUUCGGCAACCUGGGCCACCAGGUUUCGCUCGGCCUGUGCCACAUGAUGAUUCGCCGCUUCGAUCAGCUCGGCGACAACAAAAUUAUGUUGGAAGACUUCGUGCGCAUGUGCGUCAUCUUACACAACGCCACAGCGGAGUUCAAGAACUUUGACCCCAACAAGACGGGAACGGCCAAGCUCACCUUAGACGAUUUCCAUCGUACGACCUUUCAGAUGUGCAAGUGACCUCACCGUUGCACUACAGGACCUGGCUGCAAUAAAUGAAAUUGCGCGCGGGGAGCUUUGUUCUCGAAAACGAGCGCAGUAUUGUUUGAGAAA